CCCCGGCAGCGCGUGAGCACCGUCCCUGCCAUGGCCUGGCUGGGGGAUGCUGGACGGGACACCCCAGAUGGAGGAAGGGGCCACGCAGACCCAGACGCCACAGUGGGAAAUGCCAGCGCAGAGCCCCCCAGCAUCGUGCCCUCUGAGCGGGGCUGUGCCUGGAGCCCCCCUGACGAGAGCAGCGAGGAGCCCCUGCGCCUGCCCACCUUCUCCCCCGCCGCCCAGGUGCGUGUGGCCGUCACCUUUGCCCUCUUUGCCCUCUCUGCCGGCUGCAAUCUGGCCGUGCUGCGGGUGGCGGGGGGCCGGGGGGGCAGCCGGCGCCCCCACAUCCGCCUGCUGCUGCGGCACCUGGCUGCUGCCGACCUGCUGGUGACGGUGGCGGUGAUGCCGCUGGACGCCAUCUGGAACAUCACGCUGCAGUGGCGGGCGGGCGACCUGGCCUGCCGCCUGCUCAUGUACCUGCGGCUGCUGGCCAUGUACGCCUCCGCCUUCGUCACCGUGGUCAUCAGCCUGGACCGGCAGGCCGCCAUCCUGCGCCCGCUGGCCAUCGCCCGCGCCCGCGCCCGCAACCGCACCAUGCUGCGCGUCGCCUGGAUCCUCAGCGCGGGGCUGGCGGUGCCACAGCUGUUCCUGUUCCGCACAGUCACCCUGCGCCCCCCUCACAAUUUCACCCAGUGCACCACACGUGGCAGCUUCCCCCAGCCCUGGCACGAGACCCUCUACAACAUGGUGGGCUUCGCUUGCCUCUUCCUGCUGCCGCUGCUCAUCAUGGUCUGCUGCUACAUCCGCAUCCUGCUGGAGAUCUCCCGCCGGAUGGGCUCCGGCCUUUUCUCCUCACGGGACGCGUCACUGCGGUGCUCCAGGAACAACAUCCCACGGGCCCGGCUGCGGAUGCUGCGGAUGAGCCUGGUCAUCGUCUCCUCCUUCAUCCUCUGCUGGACACCCUACUACCUACUGGGGCUCUGGCACUGGUUCUGUCCCCAUGCUGUGGAGAAAAGGGUCUCGUCUGCCCUCACACACAUCCUCUUCAUCUUUGGCCUCUUCAACGCGUGCCUGGACCCCAUCACCUACGGGCUCUUCACCAUCCCCCUCCGGGGAGGCUGGGGCUGCCCCUGUGGGCACAGCCCCCUGACCCAGCCCCCUUCUCCAGCCACCGGCUCCUUCCGCUGCUCAGCCUCCUCCCUGCCACCCAAGCGGGGAGUCCUGGGGGUGCGGGGGUCCCUGGGGGCUGCCGGGGAUGCCACCUGCCACAGCAGCUCCCUGUGA